AUGGAGAGUUUUCAUAAGCCUGUUUUCUUGGUCGUAAUAGGGAUUUUUUUCAUUACUAAUCAUGCUAAUGCCCAAGAGCAACAAGGAUUCAUCAGCUUAGAUUGCGGAAUGCCCCAUGACAAGUCUAGUUAUAUUGAAGAGUCCACCGGUUUGAAUUUCUCAUCAGAUGCUGGUUUCAUUCCCGGCGGAAAAAGUGGUAGAAUCAAGAACGAGGGUCCUGCUUUACAUAUGGAAUUCAUAAAGCCAUAUGAGUACCUUAGGUAUUUUCCUGACGGAACACGAAACUGCUAUAACCUGACUGUCAUCCAGGGUGCGCACUAUCUUAUCAGAGCUGUCUUCUUAUAUGGAAAUUAUGAUGACCUUAAAGAACAACCAAUAUUUGAUCUUUAUCUUGGCCCUAACCUUUGGACAAAUAUUAAUAUGAAAGAUAUGUUUGGUAAUCUCAAUCAUAUUGCCAUAGAGGAGAUAAUCCACAUGUCGAAGUCAAAGUCUUUGGAUAUUUGUCUGGUUAAGACAGGAAAAACCACGCCAUUCAUAUCAGCCUUGGAACUACGUCCCUUGAGAGAUGAAACAUAUACUACUACAACCGGCUCUCUGAAGCUUUAUUCUCGCUGGUCUCUAGGCGAUUCUGAUAAUUCCAUCACAUCUAUAUUUUGUGUCAGGUAUCCUGAUGAUAUUCAUGAUCGUGUAUGGUUCGAAUCCCAUUGGGGUGAUUCGACGAAAAUAAACACCACCACCCUUGUAAAAAAUACGAAACCCUUUGAAGUACCACAAGCUAUAAUUUCAAAGGCUCUCGUAUCCAAAGGUGCAGGUAAGUUGCAGAGAGAUUGGAUGAUGCAAAACCCAUAUGAAGUUCACCUGUACCUUCACUUUGCCGAGAUCCAAGCUUUAAAGCCCAAUAACACCAUAGAGUUUAGUAUUUUGUGGAAUAAGAAUACUAUUUAUUAUGACUAUUGUCCUCCAGAGUUCAUGGCUGAUAUUGUACCUAUCAGAACCUCAACUAAAUGCGAUUUUAUUUGCUACAUAGAGCUUGUGAAAACUGAGUCGUCAAGUCUUCCACCAUCUCUUAAUGCCAUGGAGGUUUUCGAGGUAAUCCAGCUUCCUCAAUCCGAAACAGAUGAAAACGAUGUCAUUGCAUUCAAGAACAUCCAAGCGACUUAUAGAUUACAAAAAACGAGCUGGCAAGGAGAUCCAUGUGUACCUAUACAAUAUAUGUGGACUGGUCUAAACUGCAGCAACAUGUUUCCAUCUAUUCCACCAAGAAUCAUUUCCAUAGAUUUUUCUUCUUAUGGAUUAUAUGGGACCAUAUCAAGUGAUAUACAAUAUCUUAACCAGCCAGAGAAAUUGGACCUAUCAAAUAACAAUUUGACGGGACGAGUACCGGAGUUUCUUGCCAAAAUGAAGUUAUUGACGGUCAUCCUUCAAGGAAAUCCAAACCUCUGUCUGGAUCAAUCGUGCGAAAAUGAAGCUGAUGAUGAAAAUAACAACAAGAAAUUGCUAGUACCCAUUCUUGCAUCAGCUGCUUCUGUGGGUAUUACUACAGCUGUGCUUCUUCUCAUCAUUCUCUUCUUUAGAACGCGACCAUCCAAAGCUCCAUACCCAUCAACGGUGGCGAAGAAGAGAAGCUUUAGUUAUGAAGAGGUUGCAGUGAUUACAAAUAACUUUGAGAGAACUCUUGGCGAAGGAGGGUUUGGAGUCGUGUACCACGGUAAUUUAACUAGUAACGAACAAGUGGAUGUUAAAGUUCUCUCUCAGUCCUCAGCUCAAGGCUAUAAGCAAUUUAAAGCUGAGGUAGACCUUCUUCUCAGAGUACACCACAUAAAUUUGGUAACUCUUGUUGGCUAUUGUGACGAAGGACAACACUUGGUCCUCAUCUACGAGUACAUGUCCAAUGGAAACUUAAAACAACAUCUAUCUGGAGAAUGUGUUAGCUCCCCUCUGAGUUGGGAAAAUCGGCUAAGAAUUGCUGCAGAGACAGCACAAGGACUGGAGUACUUACAUAUCGGCUGCAAACCACCAAUGAUUCAUAGAGAUAUCAAAUCUAUGAAUAUACUUCUUGAUAAGCAUUUCCAGGCUAAACUUGGUGAUUUCGGGCUUUCAAGAUCUUUUCCAGUGGGAAGUGAAACUCAUGUGUCAACAAAUGUUGUUGGAUCUCCAGGUUAUCUUGACCCUGAAUAUUAUCGAACAAAUUGGUUGACAGAGAAGAGCGAUGUCUUCAGUUUUGGAGUCGUAUUAUUGGAAAGCAUCACAAGUCAGCCAGUGAUUGACCAAACUCGUGAAAAGUCUCACAUAGGAGAAUGGGUGGGAUUUAAGUUAACCAAUGGAGAUAUCAAAAAUAUUGUGGAUCCAAGUCUUAAUGGGGAUUAUGACUCUAGUUCACUGUGGAAGGCUCUUGAGCUAGCAUUGUCAUGCGUUAGUCCAUCUUCGUCUGGAAGACCAAGUAUGUCCCAGGUUGCUAAUGAACUACAAGAGUGUCUCUUAUCUGAGAACACAAGGAAAGGAGGGAGACAUGAUGUCGACUCCAAAAGUUCUGUUGAACGUAGCACCACAAGCUUUGGUCCCGAACAUAUUCCUGAUGCUCGCUAG